AUGUCUUCUAGCGAUCAAAUCGUCCCACGAUUCACAACUUUCGACGAAGAAGAUUACCAACCCUUCAUUUCCACUCAAGAUCAUCUUGCUCCUGGAGAAGAAGAAUACGACAUCAAGAAUGAGUUUCUUUUUGAUGAAUCUUUUCCUGCUGAGUACGAUCCUCAGGACAACAACGCAAAUGAAUCCUUGGAAAGCGUUGAGUUCAACAGCUUCGAAGUGAUUGAACCAGACAUGCCCCCCUUUGCCACAUCUUCUCCUAGAAAAGCACCGAUGGAGUCGCCUCCAGCGUCGCCGUCGACAUAUGCUUCAUCUUCAGUUUCGUUUGAAUGGCCUAAUUCUCCCCUCACCCCGCCUUACACUGUCAUCGGUGAAAACAUCCCGCAAGUCGAAGAAAAUCAACAAGGGCGAAAACGAAAAUCGGAAGACAAUGAAAAUACUGCUGUCAAAAAAGCUAAACGAUCUCUCUUCUGA